AUGUCUACGUUGAUGGUUCCAUCGGUGCCACCUACACCUCGCGAUGAUGCCAAGCAUCUACACAAAGCUUUCAAGGGUUUCGGAUGUGAUACUUUAGCUGUUAUCAAUAUUCUUGCGUAUCGGAAUGCAUCACAACGCCCUCUCUUAGAACACGAAUAUAAACUCAAGUACUCUCAAGACUUAAGCAAACGAUUAUCAUCAGAGCUUAGCGGUAAUCUUAAGAAAGCAGUGUUAUUGUGGAUGCCUGAACCAGCACGAAGGGAUGCAAUAGUAGUUCGAGAAGCGUUUAGUACCAACAUUGAUCUAAAAGCCGUGACAGAAGUUUUAUGUUCUCGAACUCCAUCGCAAUUACUACAUCUUAAGCAAGUUUACCUUGCACUUUUUGGUGUUUAUCUUGAGCAAGACAUUCAGUCCCAAACUUCUGGUGAUCAUGAAAAGUUGCUUCUUGCAUAUUUAAGUAUACCUCGCAGUGAAGGCCCGGAAUUCGAUAGGACGAUGGCGGAGAACGAUGCUCAAGCUCUAUACAAAGCUGGGGAAAAGAGGUGGGGAACCGACGAGGGGACUUUUAGACGCAUUUUCAGCGAAAGAAGCAGGGCACACAUGGCUGCAGUCGGGUCUGUGUAUAAGCAUAUGUACGGAAACACAUUGAAAAAGGCGAUCAAAAGUGAAACGUCGGGGUACUUUGGGGAAGCCCUUAUGACUAUCAUACAAUGUGCUGAGAAUCCUGCAAAGUACUUUGCCAAGGUACUACGUAAAGCAAUGAAGGGCUUGGGAACCGAUGAUAAGACACUGAUAAGGGUAAUCGUGACGAGGGCAGAGAUAGAUAUGCAGUAUAUAAAAGUCGAAUACCGUAACAAGUAUGGUAAAAGUUUGAACGAUGAUGUUCACUCCGAGACGUCUGGCCAUUACAGAUCCUUUCUUCUUACUCUCUUGGGCCCUGACCAGUGA